UUCAGGAGACCUUUGCUGGAAAAAACGACAUUAUUCAUAAAUAAAUGACUCAUUUAUUGAAGAAGACGGUUUAAGGGGGUGGGCUCACAUCAACCACAUCCUGUGUGGGUCUUUUUCUGAUGUUUGCAGCUUUCUUUUUGAGGUCUGAAUUUUGUCUCAAAUCCUUCACCUCUCUGACUGAGUUUGGUGAAUAAAUCACUGAUAUCAUUUCAUUUAAAGAGAUAAACGAUCCGUCCUCUAAGGAAGUAAGAGGGACGUUCUCUUUCACUUCUUGUGUCUAGAGGACCCAGCAGUGUGUGAGGAAACAUGCUGGUUUUCACCUGUCGUGGAAGGAUGUUUCUGCAGCUCUGCUUCAUGAUUUCAGGUGCUGUUGCUCUGAUCACCGUGCAGCAGCCUCCUGUGGUCACCGCCCCUCUGGGUCAUGAUGUCCUCCUUCCAUGUGCGCUUCAGGAUUCCCAGGAUGAGGAGAUACAGACCAGCCCUGUUCUCUACUGGGUAGAUGAAGAGAAACACCACUUACUGAACUCUGAUGGGAAAUAUGCAGGACGUAUAGAACGAACCAACCAAACGUCUUCCAGCAAAUCUAUUGUUUUGAAGAACGUGCAGUGGUCCGAUGGCGGCACGUAUGAGUGCAAACUGUCCAUCAGAACCAACCUGAGAGGAAGCUUUAGGCUGAAGGGAAACAACACCAUGCUGAUCAUCUACGACACCAUGAACUUUAACCUCACCAACCACAAUGACACCCUGCUCCGCUGCGAAGUAAACAUGUCCAAGGAUUUCGACUUUGCUCUGUCAGUCAUCAAGGAUGGAUGCGUCCUCCAGAGCUCUGACUCUGCAGCAGGACGAGUGAUGAACCAGGGGAUCGUCACCCUGUCUCAGACUGUCUCAGUGAGAGGUGGAGGGAAAUAUAAGUGUCAGCUGCAGCUCAGGGACGAUCUGAUAACUACCAGCACCUUUUACAGCAAACCAACGGCAGCUGGAGAAGAUAGAGAAAAUGCAACUGCAGCGUGCUCACCGGUUAUUUCCAGUGAGUUCUUAUUAACUUUUAUUCAUCUUUUAAUUUUUCUUUCUACUAAAAUGUUCAUUCAGACACUUUGCACAGAAAUGUGGAGACACGUUAGACAGAUUUGGAGCAGUACCCGGAGCCCUGGUUUCUGUAUGUGUCUCUCCUGUUGGUGCCCAUCCUCUUCCUGCUGACCCUGGCUACAUGCAUGCUGAUGCGCAGAUGAUUUUUAGCUGAACGUUUUAAUAAGCCAAUUUUUUAGAAAUGGGGAAAGCAAGGGGAACAGAGGUGUUCCAACCUCUUCAUAAGGGAUGACGUUCUGCUAAGAUGUGGCUGCUACGCUCUCAGUACUCACCAAGCAGGUUUUUCCAUGACGCCCCUGAGAUGCUCUACUGUGCAUCAGCAGCAGGUCCACACGAUGAUCCGUUUACGUUCCUCUAAAUUACUAAACAUACGUUACAAAAUGAAAUGUGUCAAAUGGUUAAACAAUCAGGGAAGGCUGCAUGAAAGCAAAUCACAGUCAAACAGAAAAACAUUUGGAGAAGAGGAGAGAUAAUACUACAACCUUUAAUCAAGGUUUUUGACAGCUGACCUUUUGACCUUGAGGGAGGUCACAGGGUCAUGGGGGGUGGGGUGGGGCAACGGGUGGGUGUAACAGGUGGGUGUAACCAAGGGCGUAACCGUGCAUCUUGAUCGGAUGUCAUCAUUAGGGGCGAUACCUUAUUUGAGCCAAUUAAAAUACAGGGGUGUGUAUGAUAUAAAUAGAACAAGACAAAUAUGGUAUAGGAAACUGUAUGGCAUCAGCACCAAUUAAAGUAGAGGGGUUUCUUUGUAAGCCUCAUUAAACCUUGAAUAACCCAAUGAAACCAAUGGGGCGUGCUUUACUGUUUGUUUUAAAUACUAGCAUAAAACUUUGCACUUUACAUGCAGCAUUUGUUGGAAAAGAACAUCUGUUCAGCAAUGGUUAGAGUUAAGAGAGUUAAUCGUCAAGCGGAUGAGAAACGCAACGCGUGCCAAGAUGAUGAACAAGCAUAACGAACCACCUGAGCCAGCGUAUUGGGGGAGGAGUAUUACCAAGACAACUUUCAAUGCAUCGUGUGACGACUCGUAAACCCCAAACUCGUUCCCGCUAUUCAGAAUCUUCUGAUACUUCGACGCAUACAAGGAGAUGACUUCAGAGUGAAAACGAUUGCAGAGACGGUUUUAUAUGAACUGAAAUCGGUACAAGGCAUCCACAGUGCAAUAGCUGACAUUUAUGAUUGCAUGGCUGAAGAUAAAUACCUCAAACAACUUAACUCUGUUUCAGAGUGCUACGGACUGACAAACUGAUCUCACAUGUUUGAUGACUUGUUGUAUCACUAUAGUUUUCCAGUAUUUGAAUGAAUCUGCAUUAUCUGAUUUUUCUUCUUUUUUUUACUAUUAAAUACAAUUAAAGUUGGAAAAGAAUAACUUUUCCAGAAAGCGUUGUUUGAAAGAUUGCAGUGUUUGAAUUAAUCUGUAUUAUCUGAUUGUGCUUUUCUUUUUUUUACUAUUAAAUACAAAAAAUUCAA